GUGCUUUGAUCUUAUGCUCAAUAGAUGUAAGAAAUACAAUUUGAUAUAAUGACCUCCGACAAGAAGAAACCCUCGGCAAAAAAGAAAUCGCCGGAGAAAAAAAAGAACAACGAUAAAAAGUCGAAAAAGGGUUCUAAAAGUGGAGCUAUAAGCUCCAGUCUUGCGAAGAUAUGUUUUGCCAUAGCUGUUUCCGAUCUUUUGCAUGCCUUGUAUUUCACCAUACAGACGAUGAUUCUUUUGAUUCACAAGUUCAGCAUGUUUGCUAUGUUGGCGCUUCUGGGUGUUAUUUUCUGGGUUAUAAUUGUCGUUAUGCUAAUUGUUGGACUAUGGAAGCGAAUGGCAGGUUUGGUUCGAUUUUGGCUUAUAUUUUCUUUAGCUGGCUUUAUCACCGAUGUUCUAUUCCUUCUUUGGGGCAUAGCGACAUCAAUCACUGUGGAUUGGGACCGUCUUCAAGAGUUUUCAAUCGUCUUUCUCGGCAUAUUUAUUGAAAGUACCUGCAUUUAUCUCGUACAUCGGUAUUAUCAGACUAUGGGUGAAAAGCAUAAAGAGAAAAGGAUCUUGUGUCCCUGUACCGGCAAUAAUGACCAGAAAAAGUCAAAAAAGAAGCAUGGCAAAAAAUAAAAAGUUCCAUUUAUAUAUUUAUUAAAACUUGCUUAGUUGGCCUUGUUUCUUC